AAGCUGACCAUCACAGUAGCCACUGAGUACAUGCUAGGCGAGCCUUUGGACAACAUCAUCAUUCGUCCUCGCAAUGUCGAGCAGUACUAGUGGUACCGGUGAGCUCCAAAUCCAGGACUUGUGCUCGCUGGCCGGGCCUCAGUGGCUUGCUCCUCCCCAGGCAAUAUUAACGCUCGACGAUCCUUCAGCCGCAGAGCCAGCACGUCGUCGUUUGGCUCCAAAGACUCGUCUGAGUAUAUUUUCUUUCCCUCCAAACCUUUUCUCCUGUUGCCGCUUUAGGCAUCAUGAACCACGACCAGCGGAUGCAGAAUCCGAGGCAGACAGCUCAAACAAGCCCAUAGAGCAACUAGUACCACCUCUUGAACAAACCAACGAUAAUACCACCAUAAUUACUUUGGAUAUCUCAGGCAUCUCAGAUAUCCCUGGCAUAAAUAAGGACGAUUAUCGUUGGGCUGUUGUAUAUGAGAAUCAGAGAGGCCUCACCAUACUCUCUUCCCCGUAUUAUUCACACCUAUCACUGCUUCCCGUCGAUCCUCCACAAUUCACUAUCCCGUCCGAUUCUUUGAAACGAUCUCAGCAACCGAACAUAUCUCUUUCCAAUUACCCACUGCCCGAUGGCACUUGGCGUUGGGUCUCCAGAUCAUGGAUGAUUGACAUGCGCACAGACUCAGGAGAAGUUCAAUAUGACGGUUUUGAGUACAACUGGUUUUUUCGGGAGAAACACUGGCGCGCAGAGAUCGGCAAAUUAAGCACCGGUGCCUGGGUACGGAGAAGGCGAUGGGUAAGACUGAUGAUGCGUCCGGCACAACAUACAACAGCGCAUUCGGGGGGUCCAUCUCCAUCCUCCAGCAAGAGCAGGCAGUCUGACCGGCCUUUGGACACAAGUAUUGUCUCUCUCGUUCACCCUCAAUCAGAGAUCUCGCUUGACGAGGUUGCUUGUUCGGCCGACUUGGAAUGGGAAGGAAGUGAACAAGAUUGGGAGCGCUGUCACCGCCUGAUGCGAAACCUCAGUCGAGAUGGUCGCAAACUUGAGCUUUGGCGCAUGUGGCUUUCGCCGUACCUCUCUGGUGUUUCUAAUACCGACCCGGUGGACAAAGGGAAGCUUCCUGAAUCUGAUUCCUCUCCACCACUGAGGUUGGAAAAUGAUGCCUCGGACAUCCAAACUCCACCUCUACGAUACUUAGGAGCACUUCUUCAGAACCACGGAGAUGCAGUACUCCGAUCGUUUGUCUUCCCAGAUUCAAGAGCACAGUUCAUCAGUCUCGUCAAACGCGCCGGUCUAGCUCGUGAAUUAGGACAAAGUCUCGGAGAUGGGUUCUUUUCUACUGAGGUUGACUUCUGGAGUUAUUGGAAGGGCUUAGGCAAAGUACUUGACAAAGAUGAUUAAGCAGAGCGGGGUUGGGGUCGGAGCCAAGGACCGGAAGGAGAAGAGCUCUCUGAUGAAGAUGUCAUGGCAAAUUAUUUUGGAACUAAAUAGCAAGUCACAGAGUCACCGCGAGAGCGGUCAAAAUUUUACGUGUGACUUCCAUGGAGAUCACCAUACGGAUCAUAUCGAUAUCAUUAUGCUAAUCGUAAUAUGUGUAAAUACUGUACAGCAGUACUUAAGGGUCGUGCAACACCAGUGUAUAU